UUCAUGACUGUGAGUAGAGUGCCCACGGGGAGGCAAAUUCUGCGAGUAUUUUCGUCAACUUGGCAACUCAAGCCACCUACGCUAGUUAUUAGUGUUCAUGGCUCCUAUGCUAACCUAAAGAAACGCUUCAACUUUACCAUGAAGAAGGGCCUUUGGAAGACCAUGGAAAGUGUGGGCUGUUGGAUAAUUGGCGAUGCUUUGGAUAGAGGAAUAGGCAAAAUUGCUGGUGAGGCGGUGGCAGAGUACGUGGAGGCCUACGGAGGGGAUAAGAUGCUUGCAAUUGGCGUCACCCCUAUGAACAGUCUGAAGUUCAAACAUCUCUUUAAUACCAACGCCUCCAUAAUUUACUAUCCAAGUGAGGAGGACGAGACCCUGACUGACCCUUCAAUGACACUGGUGCAAAAGUAUUGCUCGAAACGCUUCCACAUAGAUAAGAACUACAACUACCUCGUUAUGGUCUCUACACCAUCGUGUUCCGGCAAACAAAAGAAUCAACAUGGCCCCUCUACGAAGAGUCAGACGCGCAUGAUUGUGGAGAAUGAGCACGUUAUUGAAACACGAGUUGCUGUCGAGCGAAUGGUGAUUGGAUGGCGAACAGUGGGUGUUUUGCCUUUAUUCUUAUCCACAAAGUAA